AUGCCAACAGACGAGGAGAAACCAGCUCCCCCAGCAUCGUGCAUUAAAUCAGAAACAGGCCAAUACAAAGUAUACAGCAAAAAGUUAGGUGAAGGAGGAGAGGCAAGCGUAUGUUUGGGUUUUGAUGAAAAGACAAAGACAGGUGUUGCUUUCAAGUGUUGGUUUCGAACUCAUCAUAAAAAAGAAAAUGAACAAGAUAAUCAAGCCAGAGCCGCCCGCCAAGCCAAAUACUAUAGCGAUCCAAAGAUAGAGUAUGAAAAAAUUAAAGAUCUCGAUCAUCCAAACAUCCUCAAGUACAUAGAUUACAUUUGCAUUGAUGAUUGUGACCUUGAACCUGACAUUCCAAGGAAACCAGGUCAAGAGAACAGCAGCAGCAGCAGUGGAAGAACAAUACAAUGGUGGCAGUUUAUAGUUAUGGAACUUGCCAAUGAAUCGGUGAGAGACUAUAUAAAAAAAACAAAUCAUUGGAUCUGUUUCAAGUUAGAGACCUCUGAUUUUGGAAUAAGUAAAGAUUAUGAAUUGGAUAAUUCAGAUACUUUCCUUGCAGGAACCGUGAAUUUCUUUUCUCCUGAGCGAAGAAGAGAAGGAUCAAGUUAUGGAUCAGACAUCUGGGCUGUUGGAUGUACAUUUCUUUCCUUCUUUUUGGGAGCUAAUUUCAAUUGGACUCUAGGUACAUAUUUAAAUGAACUUUACCAGUAUCGUAAUUCGGAACCUAUUUUAAAAGCUACCAAUAUUGACAUUCCAAAGCCAUUCAAUGAUAUCAUAAAUCUAUGUUUCAAAGUUAACCCAAAUAUUGAGGACAUCAUAUCUCAUCCACUAUUCGAAUACAAUAAUAUUUAUAAAUCAAGUUUAGAUUCUUUUAAACUAUCUAGUUUGGUUCGUACCCUACCAAUUGUAAAGGAUGAUUCUCAAAAAAAAAAUAAUAAUCAAAAUAAUAAUAAUAAUAAUAAUAAUAAUAAUAAUAAUAAUAAUAAUAAUAAUAAUAAUAAUAAUAAUAAUAAUAAUAAUAAUAUUAAAGCCAACAGUAACAAUAGUGAUGGUAGUAACAACUCGAUUGCCAAAAACAAAUCUAGAAAGAGCUUGAGCAGUAGUGGAAGUCUAAACAAAUCAGUAUUAAAAAACAUAAAUUCAAGGCUUUCUAAAAGUUAUAAUCGUAAAAUCAAUAUAAAUAAUGAAAAUAGUAAUAAUAGUAAUGAUGAUGAUGAUGAUGAUGAUAAUAAUAAUGAUGAUGGCCAAAAUAAUAAUAAUAGUGAAAUUAAUAAUCAUAAUAAUAAUAGUAAUGAAAAGAUAAUAGUGACAAAUAUUAAUAGUGAUAUUGAUAAUAAUAUUGAUACUACUAGUAGUGUUAAAGAGGUUAAAUGGUUAACAACAGAAUCAGCCAAAAUGAUAAAUAUUGGUAAUGAUAAUGUUUUAACAAUCUUUGACACUGAAAAUAAUAGAUGGCAUAGAUUCUUUGAUUUGGUAAAGAUCAAUCAAGAUGAAAAUAAUUUGGAAUACCUAAUCGAUUAUGUAUUGCCAGUUAGAAGUGGUACUAGAAGUGAUUUAUUCAUUUUUAAAUCGAAAAAGGAUAGCAAUCCAACCAAAACUUUCAUGUCAAUCUUUUCAGUAAACACAAUGACCCACGGAGAAACAGUAUUGGAGUUUAAUGGCAAGGUAAAUGGUGCAUGUUUUGAUGGUUACAAUACUAUCUAUUUAUCCAUCUUUUUAAAGACCACUCCAUGUUUUUCAUUCAAACGUCUCAAAGUUGGUUGUUAUUAUGAUAAUAUUCAACAACUAGAUGGUGCAGAUACUAUCACUACCACUACCUCUACCAAAAAGAUUGAUAAACCAACCAUAUCAACUGUAGUUUCAGAAUACCAUCCACCAAUGUGUGCUAGUUGGAGAUGGGAAUCUAUGAAACAAGUUUUACAUUGGUUACCUACUAGUAACCUACUCCAUGUAGCCUUUGACCAUAAUCUAGUGGUGUUUGACAUGAUCAAUGGAAAGACUAUUGGAGGGUUAGGGUUUGCGACUGGAUUGCUAGGUAAAUGUUUCCACCACAAUGAUAUGUACUAUGUCACCAAAGAGCCAACCCACCAAUAUGUACAACUCAUCCGAUUUGGAUUGGUACCAGACCAAUCAUCCGGUACAACCAGUCAUCAAAUACUAUCAGAAACCUAUGCAGACUUGAAUAUUACUUCACCAAACGAUAUUAAAUUAUCGUACAUUGACAAUCACAAUAGCAUCUAUCUACAUAGCAUGGGUGCGCAACGUUGUGAUUUACAAUAUAAGCUCGACUCUAAUAGUUGGAGCUUUUUACCUUCUCGUGUUACCGACGAGUACACUUUACAAUUUUCAAAUAUUUCUACUUUGUAG